AUGCGCUGGCCCCUUUUCUCCGCUUCUCGCAGCAGAGCCUUCAGCAACCUCCCGACUUGUCCUGACGACGACGGUCAGCAUGAGACAGACGCAUGGGUAUUCGUAUCGAGUGACCCCAACCAUGACUUCGAUUUCCACAUCUACGCCAUGGACAUCAUCCUUCGGUACUACAUCACGGGGGAUGGGCGGGCCGCUACUGCUGGAACACCGGUCCCCACGGUGCACAUCUUCACCGACGGGUGCGCCAAACAGUACAAGGGGAAGCGCAACUUUUACGCUGUGGCCAAGAGCUUGCACAGGCUUGGUAACGUCCUCAUCCACAACUUCGCGGUCACGUCGCACUUCAAAGGCGCCCACGAUGGCAUCGGGGGGUUGCUGAAGGCUCUGCUGCGAGAAGUGGAGAAAAGGGGCCAGCGCAUUCACAACACCCAAGCCGCAGCCGACUUCCUCCAGGUCUACCCCGAGGCAAAGGAGGAUGGAGGAGGUCACUUUUCAAGCUGGUCCCCCUACCGGACCAAGAGGUUCCACAUCAAGCUUCUUGGAUACCGAGAGAUCACUCGCCCGUUCGUAGAUUUGACGGGCAUCUCUGGGAGUUCCAAGCAGCACCAGUUCAUGGGAGCGGAGGUCCAGGAGGAGGAGAGCUCGGGCGUAGGCGUAGAGGUGCAGUUAGAGAACGACGUUCCCCUCGUAGGUGGCGAGAAAGAGGUUGUAGCUAACCCGCAGAGAUGGCAGGCGGACGAAUCAACCGUUCUGACGCUUCUGGCUGUCACGAAGCGAUACAAGCUACGCGUUCGCCAGGCGUCGUGCCACCGCUCGAAGUGUAGUGUUGGAGCUUACAACGACUGCGUCCCGGCCAAGAAGUACGCGGGGAUGGUGGGUAUGGUGAAGGCUGUGUCGGGCAAGCACAAGGUUACUCGGGCGUCUUGUGGUGUAGGGAAUUGAGGGGUGUCCGUGGUGCACGUCAUGUUCUCGUGUUUGGGUAGUUUUGUUGCAGUUUUAGUCUAGUUUUUGUACUUUUUUUGUUGCUGUGUGCUNCCAAGAGGUUCCACAUCAAGCUUCUUGGAUACCGAGAGAUCACUCGCCCGUUCGUAGAUUUGACGGGCAUCUCUGGGAGUUCCAAGCAGCACCAGUUCAUGGGAGCGGAGGUCCAGGAGGAGGAGAGCUCGGGCGUAGGCGUAGAGGUGCAGUUAGAGAACGACGUUCCCCUCGUAGGUGGCGAGAAAGAGGUUGUAGCUAACCCGCAGAGAUGGCAGGCGGACGAAUCAACCGUUCUGACGCUUCUGGCUGUCACGAAGCGAUACAAGCUACGCGUUCGCCAGGCGUCGUGCCACCGCUCGAAGUGUAGUGUUGGAGCUUACAACGACUGCGUCCCGGCCAAGAAGUACGCGGGGAUGGUGGGUAUGGUGAAGGCUGUGUCGGGCAAGCACAAGGUUACUCGGGCGUCUUGUGGUGUAGGGAAUUGAGGGGUGUCCGUGGUGCACGUCAUGUUCUCGU